AUGAUUUCUGUAUUCAUCGCUUUAUUCGUCUAUCGCAAUUAUGUUACACCAGAAGUUCAUCAUGAUGUGAUGAAUUUUGUCGAGCAGUCACUUAAUGCAAUCCGCCAAACUUGUGCUCCGUCCUCACCCGUUGAUGAUACAAUGACUAGAAGCGGUAUUGAAAGAGCACGUCGUCAAUACAUGGACCAUUGCAAUGGUGUCAAUCGGACCCCAUCGGAAGAAGAGAAAGAUGCAAAGUUGUUGUUGACCUACCAAGUACCCAUUCUUACAAGAUACUACGAAUCUAUCAUUCAGUUUUUUAAGAGGUAA